AACCGAACUGAAAGCAAAUUCCAAACGUUUUCGAUUAAUUUUGGAAAAUGAUUUCAAAUAUUGAUUCAUUUUGCUAAUUAGUAACGUUGAAAGUCAUCAUGGAUAAGUUCUCCGAUGUGUGUAAGUUGGAACAAAGUGGCAGCAGUGUUGGUGGUCUUAUAAUAAAGAAAAAAGAAUCCGACAAAGACAAGGACGUUUUCAAGAAACCGAAACCGUCCUUGCUGGGGCUGGACAGGCUAGCAGCAACCCAGAGGGCCCGGAAACAACAGGAAGCGGCACGACUAUCUUUUAAAGAUUCGGACGGAAAUGAUUUGGAUGAUGAAGAUGAUACCAGGGAUUACUCCGAGAGGCGUGACCGAAAUAAGCACUCUUCAUCAUCAUCGUCGUCGUCGUCAGCAUCGAAGAAGUAUAGAGAAAGUGCUGUGGAAACGCCUUCCUACACCGGAGGAGUGAGUGAAGCAGCUAGGAAGCGUUUAGAUGAACGCUCCAAGGAAGAUUACCAGGGAAAAGGUUUGUAUGCAUCGACUAAAUCCAAGAAGGAUCGCGAACGAGACGACCGCGAUGACGAUCGUCAGCGGCACAAGUUUUCGUCGAGCAGUUCCAGAAGCCAUCGAGGAGAAUCAUCGCACCGAACGCCAGGCCAUUAUAAAGAUGAACCACGAACGCCUCGAAGCGACCGUAGAAUGGAUGCCUUUGGAUGGGAGGACGACGAUGACAGACAAGCUUCGAGUUCGCGUAAAUCAUCGUGGGAUUAUCCUACGCCUAAGAUACCGAAAGGGUCGGAAUCUGUGCGCAGUAGCCGCCCGCCAUCUUCCCGGAGAGGCAGAGAAGAGGACACACCUCGACCAACUCCGGCACACAAGUACAACAAAUGGGCACCAGAUCGAAAGGAAUCUGGUGCCACCCCGCACGGUAGUAAGAAGAACGUCCCUUGGGAAUCGGAAGAAGAUAAAGAUCUGUGGGAAAAGGAGCAAGUUCGUUUGGAUCGCGAAUGGUACAGCAUUGGCGAGGGAUAUGACGAAGAAAAUAAUCCAUUCUCCGGUACCAGUUCGGAGUAUUUGCAGAAACGAGAGGAACAAUUAGAGCAACGUAGGAUUAAACGAAUGUCAGCUCAACAACGGCAGAUCAACAAAGACAAUGAGUUGUGGGAGAAGAAUCGUUUGCUCACUUCUGGAGUGGUGAUGUCGAUCAAUUUCAACGAGGACUUUGACGAGGAAGCUGUGGAACGAGUACAUCUGUUGGUGCAUCAUACGGUUCCUCCAUUUUUGGAUGGGCGCAUUGUGUUUACAAAGCAACCGGAACCCGUUAUUCCGGUGAAGGACGCAACUUCGGAUAUGGCAAUGGUCGCUAGAAAAGGAAGUCUACUGGUAAGGACUUACCGCGAGCAGAAAGAAAGAAGGAAAGCCCAGAAAAAGCAUUGGGAACUGGGCGGUACAAAGCUGGGAAAUAUUAUGGGAGUGGCCAAAAAACAAGAUGACGACGAUUCCAAGUAUGAUGCCGAUACGGAUACAGCGGAUUAUCGGAAGGAUCAAAAGUUUGCGGAUCACAUGCAGGCCCAAGACAACGAUGCUGAGUUCAUCAAGAAGAGACCCAUCUAUGAACAGCGUAGAUCGCUUCCUGUGUUCGCCGUGCGGCAGGAUUUACUGAAUGUAAUUCGUGAAAAUUCGGUGGUUAUUAUUGUUGGUGAAACCGGUAGUGGAAAAACGACCCAGUUGACCCAGUACCUGCACGAAGAUGGAUACAGUCGAUUGGGUAUGAUUGGAUGUACCCAACCUCGAAGAGUAGCAGCCAUGUCGGUAGCUAAACGUGUGUCGGAUGAAAUGAACACCAAGCUGGGACAGGAAAUUGGGUAUGCUAUCCGAUUUGAGGAUUGUACCUCUGAAAAGACAGUCAUCAAGUACAUGACUGAUGGUAUCCUGUUGCGAGAAAGCUUAAGAGACAGCGAUCUGGACGGGUACUCUGCGGUAAUCAUGGAUGAAGCCCACGAACGUUCCCUGUCUACGGAUGUCCUGUUUGGAUUGCUGAGAGACAUCGUCGCUCGGAGGAGGGACUUGAAGUUGAUUGUUACUUCUGCGACUAUGGAUGCCACCAAAUUUGCCACAUUCUUUGGAAACGUACCAACAUUUACAAUUCCCGGACGAUGCUACCCGGUAGAUAUCAUGUUUAGCAAAAAUGUUUGCGAAGAUUACGUAGAUUCAGCGGUCAAGCAAGCUCUGCAGAUACAUCUUCAGCAGUUGGAAGGUGAUAUGUUGAUUUUUAUGCCUGGUCAAGAAGAUAUCGAAGUCACUUGCGAGAUAAUAGCGGAGCGAUUAACGGAAAUCGAAAACGCUCCGGAGUUGUCUAUUCUGCCGAUCUACUCUCAGCUCCCAUCCGAUCUGCAAGCGAAAAUUUUCCAGCGUUCGGCAGAGGGCAACAGGAAAUGUAUUGUGGCAACAAACAUCGCCGAAACUUCGCUCACUGUGGAUGGCAUCAUUUUCGUCAUCGAUUCCGGGUACUGUAAACUCAAGGUGUAUAACCCCAGAAUCGGUAUGGACGCUCUUCAGAUUUACCCAAUCUCGCAGGCAAACGCAAACCAACGUUCCGGUCGUGCUGGAAGAACUGGCCCUGGUCAAGCCUUCCGUCUGUAUACCGAGCGGCAGUAUAAGGACGAGCUGCUCGCUCUGACAGUUCCUGAAAUCCAACGUACCAAUCUAGCCAACACCGUGCUCCUGUUGAAAUCGCUUGGUGUUGCAGAUCUUCUUCAGUUUCACUUCAUGGAUCCACCUCCUCAGGACAACAUUCUGAAUUCGUUGUACCAACUUUGGAUUCUGGGAGCUUUGGAUCACACUGGAGCACUAUCAUCGCUCGGCCGGCAGAUGGCGGAGUUCCCGCUGGAUCCACCGCAGUGUCAGAUGUUGAUCGUCGCCAAUCAGAUGGGAUGCAGUGCGGAAAUUUUAAUCAUUGUUUCAAUGCUUUCCGUUCCAUCAAUUUUCUACCGUCCGAAAGGAAGAGAAGAAGAAGCGGAUAGCGUUCGAGAAAAGUUUCAAGUACCGGAAUCGGAUCACUUGACAUACCUGAACGUGUACCAGCAGUGGAAGAUGAACAAAUACUCCUCUAAUUGGUGUAACGAACACUUCAUUCACAUCAAAGCAAUGCGUAAGGUUCGGGAAGUCCGUCAACAGCUCAAGGACAUAUACGUACAACAGCGCCUAAAGGUGCAAUCUUGUGGCACCAAUUGGGACAUCGUACGCAAGUGCAUCUGUUCGGCUUACUUCUACCAAGCUGCUCGGUUGAAGGGUAUUGGCGAGUAUGUGAAUCUGAGAACCGGUAUGCCUUGCUAUUUGCACCCGACGUCGGCUUUGUAUGGACUGGGCACUACACCCGACUACGUGGUAUACCACGAGCUUGUGAUGACGGCCAAAGAGUAUAUGCAAUGUGCCACCGCUGUCGAUGGCUUCUGGCUUGCAGAACUCGGUCCCAUGUUCUUUUCGGUCAAGGAAACCGGAAAAAGCAGUCGCGAGAAGCGGAAGCAGGCUGCUGAACACUUGCAUGAAAUGGAAUCGCAGAUGCAGAAGGCACAGGAACAAAUGGUGAAGCAAAAGCAAGAGGAAACGGAACGGCAACAGCAGCAGAUGAUUAAGCAGGAAAUUAUCACCCCAGGGGCUACGCCAAGGCGGACUCCAGCGAGGAUAGGCUUGUAAAAGUAUCUGUCAUGUAAUUCUAGAAUAUAAA